UCGUGCCACCCCGACCCCGUUGAUCAAACACUUUGGGAAGUGUUUAGAGGUUGUUUUCCAGAGGAAGGUUUCUAUCAUUUGCAUGAAUAUUUGGCGAUUUUGGCGGCGAAACAUGAAUCAUAUGGCCUGCAUAGCCGUACUCAUGUGCACGACAAUAAGUCACUUAUCCACCACUGUGUCAUCCCAAACUGAUAUGCACGUUCGGCAUUAUCCGCCCGGUUGGUUUGAAGCGCCCAGCUCCUUUGAAGAUUUCCCAGUUGCGCAGAUAGCCAGUGAAACCGUGACUGUUAUAAACCCAUGGUUAUACCUGCAAAGAAUGGGGAUUUUCAGAUUGAUGGUGCAGUAUACCCAAGGGUACUUCAAUUCCUGGGGGUAUAACAACACAGGGAAUCUUCUUUGGGGACUUCCGCUCCAGUUCGGUUGGCAAAUGUCCUCUGGACGUCUUAGCGAUAUGGCAGUUGGUCAGGGUCGUUGUGCUGAGUCACUCUGUGUGUCCCCAAACAGCUGGUGGGCCGAUAUGAAUUACUACCUCUCCGUUCUACCGUUUCUGGGCGCCUUGAAAGCUGGGCUGUUUCCUCUCUUAAAACAUCCUGUUUAUAUUUCUAAGCCAGCUAAUGUGAGCGACGUGGUCAAAGAUAAGUUCUGUACAAGUAUUGAAGAAUGGACAGAAAAACACCCUGAGGUUAUAAACGAUUGGGCUGACUUCUUUGCCCAAGUUAAAGGUGGUUCCGACGAUGGUAACCAUGACGUAACGAUCGCCCUCAUGUGGAAAGCGCAUACUACAUCGAUAUUGACAGCACAACCACUCUUCACUGAAGAGGUCAGUCUUAUGUCUUUACCUGAGAGAAAAUUUGGUGUGGGCUGGGCCCUACUUGUGGAGUUCAUCGCAACGACUUACUUCCAAACAAACCUCAAUAAUACCGCUGACCAACAGACUGCCCUGCCGCCACGAAUCUUGAGGGGCAGCGACAAAGUUCCUUUCAUCCCAGAUUUUACCGCGGCACAAAAUCGUGUCCUUUUGGCUAUCAAUCUUUUCCACAGUACCAAUGUUGACACCAAAGGGCUAUUACUGAAGGUCUGGCGAAGGGCCAUGUGCUCUCCCAAGGGGCGCGCUGUAGGAAGGAGCCUUCUGGAGAGCAUUAAAGAUGACCCUUGGAUCAUUACUCGAAAGUUAUUCAAGCUUCUUUGGGGCUUGUUUAUCUACCCUUGUAAGGGUUAGGUCACUAAAUAAUAAUGAAUAACAGAAUUUUCAUGUUUUCUUUUUUAUCUCCUUUUCUCACUUUAUUCUUUGGGUUAAGGGUUGAUCUCAUUUCGGUAACGUAAUUGUCACGCAAACUCGCAACAUUUUGUUGAGUGGUCACGCAACACUUUUAUCCAAAUCACUAACGACGUUUGAAUUUGACACAACACAUGUGACAAGCUCUACUGGGUGUCGAGCUCUGACGUCGGCUGCAGAUGAAAAACUGUGAGAAAAAUCGAUCAUUAAUUUUCGCUAAAAUUACGAUAAAAGACCUCGUUACUGAACGCAUACACUCAUUUUUUUUAUUUUAAAGUGAUGGCCAGCAAAGCCUUAUUCUACUUUUAGUGUCUAAUACAGGUCUCCGAAAAGUCACACAUUAAAGAAAGAAAUACAAUCA